AUGGAAAAACGUGCAAUAAUUCUUUUAUUGGUUGCUGUCUUUGCCAUAUGGAGUGAAGCAAAAGAGCAACGUGACGUCGACGAAUUGAGGAUUAGAAGUGCAAGGCAAUUGGAGGAACGUGAAGAUGGAAUGUUGCGAGAAGAUGUAAGGAUUCGAACGGAAAAAGUCCCAAUAAGAGAGGAAAGAAAGCUUACAGUGCGACAUCGUGAGGAGAUGGAAAGGAUGGAUUACGGCGACGACUUGCGCAUUCGUUCAAGGGACAAUGAGAGGAAUACGAGACGAUUCAGAGAAGAUUUUAGAGAUGAAGAGAGACGUGAACGUGAUUUAACACGCCGAGAGGAGACUCGAGAUGCUCGACGAGAAGAAAGUCGUGAACGUGAUUUAACACGCCGAGAGGAUACUCGAGAUGCUCGACGAGAAGAAAGUCGUGAACGUGAUUUAGCAAGACGUGAAGAGACUCGAGAUGCUCGACGAGAAGAAAGUCGUGAACGUGAACCGGCAAGACGUGAAGAAACUCGAGAUGCUCGACGAGAAGAAAGUCGUGAACGUGAAGAGACUCGAGAUGCUCGACGAGAAGAAAGUCGUGAACGUGAUUCGGCAAGACGUGAAGAGACUCGAGAUGCUCGACGAGAAGAAAGUCGUGAACGUGACUCAGCAAGACGUGAAGAUGCUCGACGAGAAGAAAGUCGUGAACGUGAUUCAGCAAGACGUGAAGAGACUCGAGAUGCUCGACGAGAAGAAAAUCGUGAACGUGAAGAGACUCGAGAUGCUCGACGAGAAGAAAAUCGUGAACGUGAUUCAGCAAGACGUGAAGAGACUCGAGAUGCUCGACGAGAAGAAAGUCGUGAACGUGAUUCAGCAAGACGUGAAGAGACUCGAGAUGCUCGACGAGAAGAAAGUCGUGAACGUGAAGAGACUCGAGAUGCUCGACGAGAAGAAAAUCGUGAACGUGAAGAGACUCGAGAUGCUCGACGAGAAGAAAGUCGUGAACGUGAUUCGGCAAGACGUGAAGAGACUCGAGAUGCUCGACGAGAAGAAAGUCGUGAACGUGAUUCGGCAAGACGUGAAGAGACUCGAGAUGCUCGACGAGAAGAAAAUCGUGAACGUGAAGAGACUCGAGAUGCUCGACGAGAAGAAAAUCGUGAACGUGAAGAGACUCGAGAUGCUCGACGAGAAGAAAAUCGUGAACGUGAUUUAACACGCCGAGAGGAUACUCGAGAUGCUCGACGAGAAGAAAAUCGUGAACGUGAUUUAACACGCCGAGAGGAUACUCGAGAUGCUCGACGAAAAGAAAGUCGUGAACGUGAUUUAGCAAGACGUGAAGAGACUCGAGAUGCUCGACGAGAAGAAAGUCGUGAACGUGAUUCGGCAAGACGUGAAGAGUCCCGUGAUCGAUCCGAUAUUCGUCGAGAACUUUCUUUCACGCGAAACAUUGAUAGCAAUAUACCCGCAAAGAAGGACAAUAAUGGAAUUCCCUACCUGUACGAAACUAUUUUGGUUGUUGCAUUACUUUCCAAAGCAUUUUACGAUAUGGAUCUAAAAACCAAAGCAAAAUUAAUGCAACCCAUCCAACAAUUGCAAAAACAAAUAUUUGCUUAAAAAAUAUAAAGAAAAAUAUAAAAAAUAAUCAAAAAAUAUAAAAUAACCAAAUCUUUAAUGAACCUUGCAUUAAAAUCAAACAAAAAAUGCUUUCAACAUUUUAACCAGCAAAAACGUAUU